AUGGGCCUCAGGAUGGACGAUCUCCACGCGCCCACCGUGAGCUCCGGGCCAACCUCACAACCAACGGCAAAUGGCACCAAAGAAAUGUCCUUAGUAGAGCUCAUGGCGAAGAAAGACAAUCUUGAAGCAGAGCUCUCUGCUCUAGGCUCGGUACUAGAGUCCCACAAGGUCGACAUGACUACACCUCUUCUCACACCAGAUGGCUUCCCACGAGCAGAUAUCGAUGUGGCACAGAUACGGACGACGCGAGCUCAGAUCAUCAGGUUGAAGAAUGAUUAUAAGGGUGUCAUGGGGAAGCUUGAGGUAGCCGUACACGAACAUUUUGCGGCUGGGAAGACGUUGGAUGGUCAGACGAUGUCGGCAAGAGUGGCUCCAGCUGUGCAGUCGAGUAUGAGUGGCCCAACUUCUGGGAUCGAGCCGCCGUUUGCUAGAGUCAACACAGUUGUACCAGGCAGUCCGGCAGAGCAGGCGGGUUUGAAGGCAGGUGAUAAGGUUGUGCGGUUCGGCAGCGCAACAUGGACGAAUCAUGAGAGAUUAAGCAAAGUUGCCCAAGUGGUGCAGCAGAAUGAGAAUCGAACAAUAAUGGUCAAAGUACUCCGCGAGACCUCCGAGACCGCAGCAUCUUCUUCUUUGGAUAUUCAGCUUACGCCGAGACGAAAUUGGGGUGGUAGGGGUUCACUGGGCUGUCACCUGGUGCUACUGUGA